AUGGAUAAGUACUGUAAACUGACACCAGAAGAGGUAGUGGCUGCAAGGAAGGGCAAAUCUGGUGUUGCUGAAAAGGUCCAAUCCAAGCUAUCAACUGAAAAAAGGGAAGAGAAAAGGGACAGAGCAUGUGAGUACAUAUGCCAAUUUUUUUAUGAAGCGGGUAUCCCACACAAUUCAGUGACACUGCCUAGCUUUGAUCUUAUGCUUGAGGCUAUUGGAGACUUUGGCAGGAACUUGACAGGUCCAACUCCAUAUGAGAUGAGUGGGAAGUUCUUACAGAAAAGGAAGAGGAAAGUGCAGGAGACAUUGAAGUCUCACAAAGAGUCUUGGGAGCUAAAUGGAUGCACAGUUAUGACAGAUGCUUGGACAGACAAGAGAGGUAGAGGUGUGAUGAAUUUGGUAGUUUAUAGUGCAUAUGGUGUUUGCUUUAUUGAUUCAGUGGAUUGUUCAGCUGUGAAGAAGGAUGGUAGGUAUAUUUUUGAACUAGUUGAUAGAUGUAUUGAGGAGAUAGGGGUGCAAAAUGUAGUUCAAGUUGUAACUGACAAUGCAAGACCUAAUGAGGCAUUAGCAAGUUUGUUGAAAGCAAAGCACCCCUCUAUCUUUUGGAAUGUCUGUGCUGCCCAUACCAUGGAUCUGAUGUUAGAAGAUAUAGGAAAAUUGCCAAGGGUUGCAGCAACAAUCACCAAAGCAAAGUGCGUGACUGUUUUUCUAUAUGCCCAUACUAGAGUUUUGAACUUGAUGAGGAAGUUUCUUUCCAGAGAUUUAGUAAGGUGUGUUGUUACAAGGUUUGCAACAUCUUAUCUCAACUUGAAGAGUUUGCUAGAAAACAAGAAAGAAUUGCAGAGACUUUUUAGAGAUGAUGAGCUCAAUGAACUUGGUUACCUAAAAAGUGUCAAAGGGAAGAAAGCAAACAUGAUUGUCAAAUCUGAAACUUUCUGGAAAGGAGUUGAAACUGCUGUGAAUUUCUUUGAGCCAUUAGCGGUUGUGUUGAGGAGAAUGGACAGUGAUGUUCCAGCCAUGGGUUUCUUGUAUGGUUAUCUUGUACAAGCUAAGAUUGAGAUAUCUAGGAGGUUCAACCAUGACAGUACCAAGUUUCAGGAAGUUUUUCACAUCAUUGACAAAAGGUGGGAGAGCAAGCUGAAGACACCUUUACAUAGGGCUGGUUACUACUUGAACUCUUUCUAUUACAAUCAAAACAAGUUGGCUAUGGAGGAGAAUGAAACUUUUAGAGAUGCUGUAGUCACUUGCAUUACCAAGCUUGUUCCAGAAGAAGAGACUUAA